AACCGCCGUUAAACCCCACCGAAUAAUACUUUCUUGUAGCUAGCUAACCCUUUUUAUUAUAGCUCAGUGAGAUAACCAUUUCGGACUAAAAUAGUCGAAUUAGUUAGCUAGAUAGAAAUUGUAACUUUAGCCAACUAGCUAGCUAGCUUGCUAACUGAAAUAAUAUUCUACAAAAUGCAUUUAAUCUUUGUUUUAAACUGACGUAGCGUAGUUAAUUUACGUUGGUGGCAGGCAAACUUGUUUUCUUCAGCUCAAUCGAGGGAAGUUAACAAGCUAACGUUAGCUAGCUACAAUGACAUUUCUGUGAAUUCAUGGGGGGUGGACACACAAUUAAAUACGUAAUUGGCUGACGGCCCCGAUUUCCAUCAAAACACCCAUGGCAAAGUGGUUAAAGGACUACCUGAACUUCGGCAGCCGUCGUGACGCCCCCCAGCUUCCGCGUCCUGACUACACAGAGAGUGAGAUCCUGAGGGCCUACAGAGCCCAGAAAGACCUGGACUUUGAAGACCCCUACCAGAGCGUAGAGAAACCACAAAAUGGCUGCUACGGUGGCUGCAGGGGGACAGUAAGCCUGCAUGCAUUUCCUGCCUUCGCUUCUGUCCUUCCCAACGAUGCAGAGGUGAAGGUGGUGUCUCCCAAACACAGGCUGAUCAAGGUGGAUUCUCAGGAGUUCAGUCGCAGUAAGAUCCCCCUGAGCCCCGUCACCAUCCACCAGGAACCGGUGCUUCCCUCUGCUCCUACAGUAGUAGGGGACUCCGACACUGUCUACUCGGACCCGUUUGAUGCCAGACCAGUUCCACGGCUUAGAGCAGAUUGGGAGCCUAACCCUAACCCACACCUUUCCUUGGGCCUCAGCCCCAUCACCAGUCCUACCCUGGUAGCCUUCAGCCCUAACCCUAUCCUAGGUCUCAGUCUCCGUCCAGGGGACAGCAGCAGCUACAUGGAACCCUUUGAAGCCCAGAGGGUCAUCACAGAGCUCCAGCAGGGCCCAGAGCGGGGCCGACCAGGAGUGGGCAGUGGAAGGGUUGUGGUUGGGAUCGGAGAUCAACUCUAUGAUGACCCCUACGAUGAGAGAACUCGACAUCGCCAUCGGGAAGCGCCACCGCAGCAGGGGAGAGAGUUCCUCAGGGACGAACCGAGAGAGGUCAGAGAGAGCAGGCUGCCCCAGGACGAUGAGAGACCAGCAGAGGAGUACGACCAGCCCUGGGAAUGGAAGAAGGACAAAAUCUCCAAAGCUCUAGCAGUUAAGUUUGAGGGGGCAGAGUGGGAGAAGUCGUUCGGCCAGUCAGACCAGGCCAAACUACCCAGGACCAGCCCCACAGCCCCAGGGGGCACAGCCAACCUUCGGAGGCCUGGUGACACCCCCCCUAUCCUGGGUGAGAGAGUGGACCCCUGCCUGCCCCUGGAGAGACAGGUGUGGUACCACGGUGCUGUGAGUCGUGCGGAGGCAGAGGCUCUACUGACGUUGUGCAAAGAGAGUUCCUACCUGGUGAGGAAGAGCCAGACCUGCCCACAAGACUACUCUCUCUCCCUCAGACGGUCAGUCUACUGGCUAGAUGAACUCCCACCUGAAAGAAAUGGCUCCACCACCACGUUUGAGUUGACGCCCCACUGGUCCCAGCUGUGUGGCAGGAAGCGGCUUAAUUCUGGGUUCGAACAGAGCAGAUCAUCUCCCCAAUGGGAGGUCAGUGUAGCAGCUCUGAGUGCCUAUCCAUCCAAUAGAGUGUGUUCUCUGGCUUUGCCCCGCUUCCCCACCGCAGGCUGGGUAUCUGACUGCCCCCUACUGGCCUCCCUGAGCAGAGCGGUGCAGACUGCAGUAGCCAGUCCUAGGGUCUGCCAGUUGGCCUGUCCCGAGCAGAGGCAGGGUCUCUAUUCGCCCCAUUCAUCCAAGACCUCACUGGCACCCCCCCACCCAGCUGCAACCUCCUCCCGACUACAGCUCCUUGCCAUCCCUAUGUCUGACCACCCCCAGUAUGCCCAGGACCGUCCAGUCAUCUGGCCAGUGCCGGGGCCAGUGAGGAAGGCAGUAGCCAGUGAGAGGGUGCAGGCCCUUUCACAGCCCAACCAGCGGAAGGCACUGUUCCAAGGCUACAACCCGUACACGGUUACCCUAGCUGCACGCUCCGCUAGCGCCUCGCCGCGCCUACAGGAGCUUUGUCUGCCCCUGCCGCGGAAAUGCAAGGGCAAAUAGACGAAUGCAUCUCAUCUCACACCUCUACAGUACCCCCAGCCGCCUCUUCUUCAGAUACUCUGUCUCCUGUACAGCAUGUCCCUGAUCACCACUGCUCCAUAAUAAAGACCCUCUAUGAUCUCA